AUGAUUAGAUAUCACACUACUAGUAGUAAUAUUCAUUCGAGUAUCCUGAAAAGAUCAUUUUUCUUAAAUGGAAUGAAACGUUUCAAUUGCUCCACUCUAUAUCAGUUUAAAACAAAUAAUAAUGAAUUCUAUAUAGCAGAUAAACCUAAUGAACAUUACCAAGCCACUAGACCAUCCUACAAAGGUAAAACAUUCUCUUUACAAGACCAAUUGCCCUCUUUGCCAGUGCCUGAUUUAAACGAUACUCUAAAUAAAUAUUUGGUCUCCAUUAAACCUUUUAUCCAAUCUCUUCCAAAUAAUAAUAAUAAUAAUAAUAAUAAUAAUAACAGUUACAAUAAAUCUAAAUCUAUGUCUAAUGAUAUUACAGAUAAUAAGGAAUACCAAAAACAAGUCCAAUUGUGUGACGAUUUUAGAAAUAAUCUGGGCCCAAUCUUACAAAAAAGGUUACAGGACCACUCCUCCAAUAGAAGAAACUGGAUGUCCAGUUGGUGGGACUCCCAAGCUUAUCUAAACUACAACGACCCCGUCAUCCCUUACGUCUCCUAUUUCUAUAACCAUGCCCCAUUGAGCUCCUUGACCCAUUCCGUAAUCGAAAAUAACCCUCUUUUCAAAGCUACAGCUUUGGUUCAAUCUAUCGUCAAGUUCAUAGAACUGAUUAAAGACGAGGCUUUGCCUCCUGAGCUGAUCAAAGGCACCCCCUUCUGUAUGAACAGUUUCCAUCUGAUGUUUAAUGGAGCAAGGAUCCCCAAUACUAACACUAAUGCUAAUAAAGAUACCGACACAAGUGUCUUUUACUCUAUUUUUGAAAAUAACUUCAUUGUCGUCGCUUAUAAGGGCAACUUCUAUAAGAUGGUCACCCACAACACUCUUGACGGCCGUCCCUUGCCUGUGAAUCUUAUCUAUAAACAGAUAAAUGACAUUGUUCAUCCAGUCAGAACUGACAAUAACAUCACCAACACACAAAAUGACUCCGGUGUGGGCGUGUUGACCUCUUUGCCAAGAGACCAAUGGAGGUCUCAAUACCUGGAACUGAUCAAAGAUCCAUUGUCCAAGAGUUCGUUGGAGACUAUCCAUAGAGCCUCCUUUAUGCUUUGUUUGGAUCUAGACAAGAGUCCAGUCACCUUGGAAGAAAAAUCAAGGAACUCCUGGCAUGGAAACGGUAUUAAUAGAUUCUUUGACAAAUAUUUACAGUUCUUCGUCACUGGGAAUGGUAAGUCCGGUUUCUUAGGCGAACAUUCAAAGAUGGAUGGAACCCCAACUUUGUUUUUGAACACUUUUAUCUGUCAGGAUCUAAUGAAAUUGAACCAAAGUGAGUUCUUGAAUGAUAUUAGCAAACCUAUCGGUUUAGAUAAUAGUGAAGUCUCUUCUUUCUCUUCUUCAUCCACAAGUUAUCAACCUAAAUUAUUAAAAUUCACUUUAUCGCCAACCAUUAAAAACUCUAUUACUGAUGCAAAAGCUAAAUUUGACUCACUUAUGGCGGAACAUGAUUUGAACGUUUGGAAAUAUCAAAAGUACGGGAAAAAUUUCAUUAAACAAUUUAAGAUGUCACCUGAUUCCUACAUUCAACAAAUCAUUCAGCUGGCCAUGUACAAGUAUCUAGGCAAACAAUUUCCAACUUACGAAGCAGCAUCUACAAGAAAGUAUUUUAAGGGCCGUACUGAGACAGGCAGAUCUGUGACGCAGGAAUCUCACGAAUUCGUCUCAAAUUGGUCAAACCCAAAACUAUCGUUGAAUGAAAAAAUUAAAUUGUUACAAAAUGCAAUCUCUGCUCAUUCAAAUUAUUUGAAGUCCGCUGCAAAUGGUCACGGUAUCGAUCGUCAUUUUUUUGGCUUGAAGAAUGUGUUGACUAUAAACGAUCAAAGACCUGCUCUAUUCGAUGACCCGUUAUUCAACUAUUCCUCCACUUGGUACAUCUCCACAUCCCAAUUGUCUAGUGAGUAUUUUGACGGCUAUGGCUGGUCACAAGUUAAUGAUGCUGGUGUAGGCUUGGCAUAUAUGGUUAACAAAGAUUGGUUGAAUAUCAAUAUUGUUACUAAGCCUGGAAAGUCUGGUCUUGAUGGUAAAAGGAUUCGCUAUUAUUUGACCGAAGCAGCAGAUGAAAUGGCUAAUGCCUUGAUUGAAUAUGAAAAACUAAAUGCUAAAGCCAAGUUAUGA